AUGUCGGACCCAGAGAAUGUAGUUGCCGAGGAUGAUGAGAUUGAAAUUGAAGUAGGGGUGGACAAUGAAUGCACAUCAGAGGCCAGUGAGAUCAUUGUGCCAACAGUUGGGAUGAAGUUUAAAGACCACAAUGAGAUUUUUGAAUUUUACAAAACAUAUGUUUAUAGUGUGGGUUUCCCUGUUAGGAAAAGAUCUUCAAGAAAAGAUGAUGAUGGGUUGUUGAAGUAUGUGACAUUUUCUUGUAGUCAGGAAGGACGGAGAACUGGGGAUACGAGCAAUUCUUUGAGGCCUCAACCAACCAUCCAAACAAGGUGUUUUGCUAGGCUGACAGCUACGACAGAUUUGAAUGGAGCAUGGCGUGUUAACAAAGUCAUCUUAGAGCAUAAUCACCCUACAAGUCCUUCAAAAUCCAGGCUUUAUCGAUGUAAUCGACAAUUGACUGAAAAGGUGAAACGAAAACUUGAAGUCAACGACAUAGCUGGUAUUCCUAUGCACAAGAGUUACAACUCAGCUGUUGUUGAAGCGGGUGGAUAUGAGAAUCUGCCAUUUAUAGAAAAGGAUUGUAGAAAUUAUAUUGAUCAGAUUAGGCGAUUAAGACUUGGGGAGGGUGAUAUAGCUGCGAUACAAGCAUACUUUACAAAAAUGCAAGCCCAAUGUCCUGGUUUUUUCUCUAGUUUGGAUUUGGACGAUGAUUGUCGAUUGAAAAACGUGUUCUGGGCCGACAAUAGGUGUAGACAAGCAUACAAGGAAUUUGGUGAUGUUAUCACAUUCAAUACGACGUACUUGACUAAUAAGUACGACAUGCCUUUUGCCCCUUUUAUUGGUGUCAAUCAUCAUGGACAGUCGACGUUGUUUGGAUAUUUGCUUCAAAAUGAAAUUAAGAACUUGACCAUUUCGAGACUGAUAACAAGCUAUGGUAGUAAUCCCCUAUCCCAAGGCAGUGUUCAAAUUGCCUCUGAUUGUCCCGAAGGUGCAAGGACAUCAUCUGGUCCCAUUUUGGAUCCGCAUUGCACGAUAACCAAGGGAGCUCCAAGAAAACUUCGUAAGAAGGGGAUAUUGGAAACGAUGUCCAAGAAAAGGAAGGACGUGGUCGAUCAUCUAACAGGAAUUCAUUGUCAAUUGUGUGGGAAACCUGGACAAUUGUCUGGGCGGACUUGCAUUUUGGCGGACUUCAUCGCUGAUGAAGCCCGCCAGAUAAUCGGUGGGGCGGACUUCAUUAGCCAGAAUGCGGGAUGA